UUCAUUUUCGGUUAAUUAUUUGAACAGUAAAGAUGAUUUUCGUGAAGUUAGAAUAAUGGCUGUCUUAAGUCAGUGUCUUUGAGAGCAGUGGGGUCAAUUCACAAAGUCUAACUCUUCAGGCACUAAACCUACAGACUUUAAAUGCAGCUAUAUAUUACAGCAGAUGGCUCUUAAAGAGAAGUGCGCAGCUCCAUAAUGGAGCACAUCUAUCGACCCUGCUGUUCAGCCUUGUUGCCUGUCGUGAUGCUGUCGGUCUCUGUGUGAAUAUACUUUGGUUUGCACACCAGUGGAUGGAUCACUGAACAGCCGGAGUUUAACUGAUCCUGUGAUUAAUAUAGGUGGGCUUCUGUUAUGCUUCACCUGUCGCCAACUCCUGAAGUAAACUAUGCAGUGUCCCGUUAAGAUUUCAGCAUAUUUGAGCCCUGUCAUAAGUACCAGAUCUGAAUGUGCAUGGCUUUACAGCCCUCUAACAACUGCAGAUGUCCCGUAUGUGCAGCUCCUGUGUUGACGCGCGCUCUGGCGAGGACGCGCACGCUGCCUCACUGUAGCGUCAUAAUGUUAACGUCCUGAACGUAACCCGUGCUUCCGGCGUUAUGGCCGCUCGCAGAGAAGGGUGAAAGACUGUAAUGUGGUAUAUUUUGGCAAUGAUAGUGUGUGUUUAGGCAGGUGUGUUCAGGAUGGCGGUGACGCAGCUGUUGCGGCUUGCUGUCUUUCAGUCGGCGGCUCGUGUGACGGCUAGCGCGCACCGGAGGUACAGCAAGGUGUGCCCAGCUUUUUCUGAGCGGCUGCGAGUCUUCGAGUCUCUCAGGGAAAAACGAAGCAAUAACAGGACAGUUGAAGCUACAGAAACUCGGCUCAGUAUCCAACUGGCUGACGGCCGCACAGUCAAAGGAAAGGCUGGUGUCACCACGCCGCUCUCUAUUGCUCAGAGUAUCCGAGCUAAACGAGCCCUGGUCAGUAAGGUGAAUGGAGAGUUGUGGGAGCUUGGGCGACCCCUAGAGGCCGAUUGUGAAUUACAGCUGCUGGGGUUUGACACAUCUGAGGGAAGACAGGCAGCAUGGAGGACAGGAGUGUGUGUCCUGGGUGGGGUGUUGGAGAAGGAGUUUGGUGCAGAGGUGUGCAGAGAAGGAGUGUCACAGCUUGGACUUUACUGCGACCACCUGCUGGAUAACAGUGCCUUGUCUCUGAGUGAUGUGGAGGACAGAUGUCGACAGGCUGCAGCCCUCAAUCUCCCUUUGUCCCAACUGGAGCUGAAUACAGAAGAGGUCCGAGAGCUCUUCCAGAACAGUAAGCUGAGACUGCAGCUUGUUGAAGAGCAGAUGAAUGGCCCCACUGUCACAAUAUACAGGUUUGGAGACAGCCUCGGGGUCUGUGAUGGCCCCCUCCUUCCGCACACUGGCCUCCUCAAGGUCUUCAAGACACUCCAGCUGUCGCCUGUGACCCUGGCCAAUCAGACCGAGUCUUCGGGUUUGAUGCGUCUUCUAGCUGUGGCCUUUCCAGGAGAGAAGGAGAAAGAGGAGUGGGAGAGGGAGCAGCAGGAGGCGAGAAAUAGGGACCAUAGACGCAUCGGGACGGACCAGGAGCUGUUCUUCUUUAAUGACGUGAGUCCAGGCAGCUGCUUUUUCCUGCCGAAAGGAGCCUUCAUCUACAACACCCUCACUGACUUCAUUAAGAGUGAAUACCGAAGGCGAGGAUUCAACGAGGUCGUGACCCCGACUCUGUACAGCACUGCAUUAUGGGAGCGAUCGGGCCACUGGGAACACUACAGCGAGAACAUGUUCACUGUGACAUCAGAGGGCUCUCAGACCUACGCUCUCAAACCCAUGAACUGUCCCGCACACUGUCUUAUGUUUGAGCAGCGUGUGCGCUCGUGGAGGGAGCUUCCUCUGCGAUGGGCCGACUUUGGAGCGCUGCAUCGUAACGAGCUCUCCGGAGCGCUCGGCGGUCUCACUCGUGUCCGAAGGUUCUGCCAGGAUGAUGCUCACAUCUUCUGCGCACCUGAGCAGCUGGAAGAAGAGAUUGUGGCCUGUUUGGACUUCGUGAAGAGUGUUUAUGAAACGUUUGGGUUUUCCUUCCACUGCCUCCUGUCGACACGUCCCACACCGUGCCUCGGGGAGCCUGAACAAUGGGAUAAUGCUGAGCAGCAGUUGGAGAGGAGUCUGCAGCACUUUGGUGAACAUUGGGAGGUAAACCCCGGAGACGGAGCUUUCUACGGGCCAAAGAUUGACAUUCUGAUCAAAGAUGCUAUUGGCAGACAACACCAGUGUGCCACGAUCCAGUUGGAUUUCCAGCUGCCGAUAAGAUUUGACCUUCAGUAUGUCGGUCGGGAUGGACAGUUACACAGGCCAGUGAUGAUCCACAGAGCAGUACUGGGAUCACUGGAGAGAAUGAUCGCUAUACUGGCUGAAAACUUUGGAGGGAAAUGGCCACUGUGGCUGUCCCCAGCGCAGGUCAUAGUGAUCCCUGUAGGGGGCAACAGUGAGUCAUACAGCAGACAGGUGGUCCGGCAGUUCCGUGAAGCUGGCUUCAUGGUCGAUUUGAAUGAGGAUCAGAGCACAACCUUAAAUAAGAAGAUUCGCUCUGCUCAGCUGGCCCAGUACAACUACAUAUUUGUGGUGGGGGAUAAGGAGAGCGAGAGUGGAACAGUGAAUGUAAGGAGCAGAGGGGGUACACAGCUGGGGAGGAGGCCGACAGAGGAGGUGCUGACAUCCCUAACACAGCUACGAGACACAAGGAGCAACCUAGAAAUGUCUUGAAGAAAAAAAAGUCCUGGAAAUCAUGAGUCACUAAUGUAAUAAAUGUUCUUUUUACAUGUUCAAGCUGUUGGCUUCUCCUAAAGAGAGAUGGCUGCUAACAUUUGUAAUAAAAGUGUAUAAAAGAUU